AGAUGUUUUCUAUCAACGCAGGUAUGUCUUUGCUCGUGAUGUUUUUAGUUUGCAGUGUGACAGCAUUAAACAAUAAAACAUGUGAAACACCCGAUAAUCCAGAAAACGGGUUUGUAACAAUCAAUGAGGACGACCCUACAUUGGCAGUUUAUUCAUGUUCGUCAGGCUAUGUAAUGAGUGGAAAGACACAUAGAGUUUGUGAAAGUAAUGGACAGUGGAAAGGAAGUGCACCGGACUGUCGUUUAGAGACGACGGAAUCAUCAUCACAUUUAAGUGCUAUAAUUGGUGGAAUUAUAAGUGGAAGUGUCAUAUUAGCGGUAGCGGCUACUGUAAUCAUAUACUUGAUUAAGAAAAGAGAUGAUGGAAAUCGUGAACCAUGUAUCAGUCUCAAUUGCCAUUGGUGUCCACGUAACCGUGAUGAAUCUGAUCGCAGAGUUGUAAACCAUGCAAGUUUUGGCGACGGAUAUAAUGGGCAACAGUCAUCACAGCUUUCACUGCCAUAUUUCUUGAAUGGAAAUCGAACGGCGGCUAUUAAAGAACUUGGUGAAUAUUAAGUAUCAAAAUGAAGGAAAAAAAGUGAAACUCUUGAGAAAGAAAAGUUAUUGUUAAGUAUAUCUUUGAAAAGCGUGACACUUUACUAAAAAUUUUCAAUGCUCAAAACUUUAGCAAGUAUGGAAGCAUGCAAGUGGUAUGAAUGUGAAAAAAUAUUAUAUCAUUUCCGGAAUUUCUUUUUUUUCAUAAAAUUUCACUAAACUCGCAAUUAUUCACAUGUAUAGUAAAGACGAGUAUUAGAGAACAAUGUGUUUAUAAUACACCCUGUUGGAUUUUAACGAAUAUAACUGUAAAUUAUGCGGACAAGAUUACAUUAGUAUAUGGAUAUACAGCGUCUUCAAAUCAUUCGGACCGUAUUAGUGAUGUCUCAAAAAGUACGACCGAAUAGUUGCCAUAUUACCACUACU